AUGGAAGGAUCAAACGAUGACUUCACUUCCACUUAGAAAAAAGGUGGUAGAAAGAAUCCAAAGCAUAAAGACCACAAAGAGACUAUCUUAGUGACAUAGCAACAAGCUGUUGAGAAUAAGAAAAAGAAAAAGCAGCAGUAGGCAAACUUUAUGUAUGGAAAUGCAGCAGAACAAACAAAUGAAGAGGAGGAGAAAAACCCUGAGGUUAAACAAGUAGUAGAGGAAGAAGAACCUGAGGAAAAACAAAAGAAAAAGAAGCAUCAAGGCAAGAGAGGCAAAAAGGGAGGUAAAUAGCAAUAGGAUUCCGAUUAAGAAGAGGAAAAAAAGGUAGAAGAGGUAAAAUAAGUGGAAGAGAUUAAAACUCAAGAAGUUGAGGAAACUAAAGAGGAAAUCUGUGAUAUUCCUCCUGAAUAUUGCUAGAAUACCAAGAAAGACUUUUCAGAAUGUUAAGAGUGGUUGAAAUUGACCCAUCCUGAACUUUAUGAAUAGAUUUAUCCUGAAGAAGAGAAAAAAUAAGAGGAAGGUGGAGAUAGUAAACCAUCUGAUUAAAAUAAAUAAUAACAGAAAAAGAAGAAGAAAGUUGGCUUUGGAACUGAAAAUUAAGAGGUUAAAAUAUAUAAGAAUAAAAGAGGAGCCAAGAAGACCAUUUGUUCAGUUGUUGGUCUUUAACACUAUGGUGUAAAUCUGAAGGACAUUGCAAAAGUUAUGAGUAAAAAGUUUGCAUGCAGUGCUGCUGUUACAAAUGAAGAUAAAUAUGGUGAAUGCAUUUAAAUUCAAGGAGAUAUUCAAGAUAGAUUCGAUGAAUUCCUAGAUAGUGAUUUAGGCAAAUAUAAUAUCCCACACAAUAAAGUUAAGUUCGAAGAAGUAAAGAAGAAGAAAGCAGCUGCUGCAGAGGAAGAUGAAUGA